AUGCGGCACGGCGCGCGGUCGUCGGGCACGUUCUCGGCGUCAUGGAACGUGUGGAUCAUGGUCACCAUCGCCGUCGUCCUCGUCUUCUUCGGCGCGUGGGCUAUCUUCUCCCCCACCAAUAACGCAGCCGUGGGGGCAUUGGCGGAGGAGGAGGUGGAGGACGUGGUGGGCGAGUCAGAACAGAGGUUGGAAGCUGACGUGAAAGUGGCGGAGGCGAUCCAGAGAGCGAAGAACCGAGCCAAGCCCAAGGACGUGGCAGUGGAGGCAGAGGCGAGCAGCGGGCUGGCUGAAGAGACGGGCGCUGAAGGCGCAGGGGAGGAGGACGAGCAGGGGGUUGAAGUGGCGGGAGGCGAGGAGGGGGGGAGUGACGAGGGCGGAGGCGAGGAGGGAGGAGGUGAAGUUGGGGGAGGGAAGGAAGCGGGGAACGGUGGCGAGGAGGAGGAGGGAGGUGGAGAAGAGGAGAAGGGCGCUGAUGCUGGGGCGGGAAGAGGGAAGGGUGGAAGGGGAGGAGGUGGAGGGAAGGAGAGCGUUGAAGAGGGCAGUGAAGAGGAGGAGGAAGGAGGUGGUGGAGGAGGGGUGAAGGGAGCUGCGAGUGAGGAGGAAGGGGAGUCAGAAGGCGAGGAAGAAGAGAAGGGGGGAAAGGGUGUGCAGGGGAAGAAGGGUGGAGAGGAAGAGGAGGGUGACGCAGCAGGCGAGGAGGGAGGGGAGGGAGAAGGUGCUGCAGAGGAAGGGGAAGAGGUCAAAAGGGGGAAGGCUGCUGGAAAUUCCAAGUUCUUCUCUGCUGACCUGGCAGCAGUGGAAGCAGCGUGGGACUCGGAGGACGCAGCAGCAGCGGACCCCAACGUUCCAGCAGCAGACCUGCGCACAGAGAGCACGAGCUCUGAGGCAGGCAGUGGGCUCGAGACACAGGCACGGGAGUCGGAGGAGGAAGCGAGGCUGGACAUUCGAGAGGCUGCCACCAAGAAGCAGGAGAGCAAGAAGACGGAGGACGACUUUGGGGAGGUGGAGGGGGGAGCGACGAUCAUCCAGAGCAGCCCCGAGAGUAAAGACCCGCCACUCAUGGCAGGCCCAGUGGGGCAGGGCACAGGGGAGGAGGGGGGCGGCGCCCUGCCCUCCCUUGACCUUGAAAACGCCAAGUUCCGCUGGCCGUCGUGCGGUGGUAACCGCACGGACUGGGUGCCGUGUCUGGACAAUGAGAAGGCGAUCAAGGCGCUGAGGACAAACAAGCACUAUGAGCACCGGGAGAGGCACUGCCCGUUGCCUGGGGAGAUGGAGAAGUGCCUGGUGCCGCUGCCCGAGGGGUACAAGGCGCAUGUGCCGUGGCCCGAGAGCAGAGACCAGGUGUGGUACAACAACGUGCCGCACCCGGGCCUGGCGAGCUACAAGAAGGAUCAGAACUGGGUGGCGAUGGAAGGCGACAAGCUUGUGUUCCCGGGGGGUGGUACGCAAUUCACCCAUGGAGCCACGGGGUACAUCAACUUCGUCCAGAAGGCCUUCGCCGAUGUGGCGUGGGGCAGGCGAGUGCGGGUGAUGCUGGACAUGGGCUGUGGCGUGGCGAGCCUGUCGGCGUAUCUGGACGCGUUUGACGUGCGGGUCAUGUCCAUGGCGCCCAAGGACGAGCACGAGGCGCAGAUUCAACUGGCUCUGGAGCGGGGGGUGCUGGCGGUGGUGGGGGUGAUGGGCACGCAGCGCCUGCCUUUCUCCUCCAACUCCUUUGAUGCCGUGCACUGCGCUCGCUGCCGCGUGCCAUGGCACAUUGAUGGUGGCAUGCUGCUAUUGGAGCUGAACCGAGUGCUGAGGCCAGGAGGCUUCUUCAUCUGGUCAGCCACGCCUGUGUACCGCCAUAAGGGGGAUGACGAGGAGAUAUGGAGCGCAAUGACUGACCUGGCUGAGCGCAUGUGCUGGACGUUGAAGGUGCGGGAGAAGGAGGACGGGCUGGACAACGUGGGCGUGGCGGUGUGGCAGAAACCUUCUGACAACCGCUGCUACAGCGAGCGCAGUGCAGGGACCCCGCCUCCCAUGUGUGAAUCGGACGACAACCCCGAUGCUGCUUGGUACGUACCCAUGAAGGCGUGUCUGAAUCCUGUCCCGGCCUUCAAGGGCAUGCGGGCGGCGCAGUGGCCAGCCAUGGGCAGGGCAAGGCUGAGGGCCGUGCCUGCAUGGCUGCAGAUGCUCAAACGAGGGGUGUUUGGCGGGCCUGCUGUCGCUGAGAUGAAACGCGACCAGAUCCACUGGAAGAAGGUAGUUGCGUUCUACGAUGCUUCUUUUGGCAUCGACUGGGGCACAGUGCGGAACGUGAUGGACAUGAACGCGCACUAUGGCGGCUUCGCAGCAGAGCUGGCAGUGUCAAAGAAGCCCCUGUGGGUGCUGAACGUGGUGCCGACAAGUGGCCCCGACUCGCUUCCGAUAGUGUUUGAGCGCGGGCUGGUGGGCAUCUACCAUGACUGGUGCGAGUCAUUCAACUCGUACCCGCGCUCCUACGACCUGCUUCACGCUGAUCACACCGUGUCACAGGAGGUUGGCAGGUGUGACAUCACAUCUGUCCUGCUCGAGAUGGACCGUCUGCUCCGCCCCGAGGGAUGGGCAGUGUUCCGCGACCAUACCCGCAUGGGGGGAUCUAUCCUCAACAUCGCAACAUCUUUCCAUUGGAAGCUCAAGUUCAACAAGACAGAGGGCGGAGAGGUGCUGCUGGCGUUCCAAAAGGGCUUCUGGCGACCCAAGGAAUCAGAGGAGGAGGCUUGA